UCUCUGUGGUAAAAAUGGCUGCUCGCAGGCAGGUUUCCCGGUCUCUGACUGUAUUCUCAUUACUGUGCUUAUUUUGUUAUCGGAUAACCGUGGCAACCGAUGAAAUUGAGCGGCAAGCAAAUCAGUUUUUUGGAAGUGGACAUACAAACAACUGGGCAGUUUUGGUGUGUACAUCCAGGUUCUGGUUUAACUAUCGUCAUGUGGCCAAUACACUCUCAGUUUACAGAAGUGUCAAGAGACUGGGGAUCCCUGACAGUCACAUCGUUCUGAUGCUGGCAGAUGAUAUGGCCUGUAACCAUAGAAACCCCAAACCUGCUACUGUCUUCAGCCACAAAAACAUGGAGCUAAAUGUGUAUGGGGAUGAUGUUGAAGUGGACUACAGAGGAUAUGAGGUUACUGUUGAAAAUUUCCUGCGUGUUUUAACUGGCCGCUUGCCACCGAGCACCCCUCGAUCAAAACGACUGCUUUCUGAUGACAGAAGUAACAUUCUGAUUUAUAUGACAGGUCACGGUGGAAAUGGUUUUUUGAAAUUUCAGGAUUCUGAAGAAAUAAGUAAUGUUGAGCUAGCUGAUGCUUUUGAACAGAUGUGGCAAAAAAGAAGGUACAGUGAGCUGCUGUUCAUCAUUGACACAUGCCAAGGUGCUUCCAUGUAUGAAAGGUUCUAUUCUCCAAAUGUAAUGGCCCUGGCCAGCAGCCAGGUUGGAGAAGACUCGCUUUCACACCAGCCUGAUCUUGCAAUUGGAGUUCAUCUGAUGGACCGAUAUACCUUUUAUCUUCUGGAAUUCUUGGAAGAUAUUCAUCCAGCUAGUCAAGCCAAUAUGAAUGAUUUAUUCAAAGUGUGCCCGAAAAGCUUGUGUGUUUCCACACCAGGGCACAGGACUGACCUCUUCCAGAGGGACCCCAGGAACGUGCUGAUCACUGACUUCUUUGGAAGUGUCCGAAAAGUGGAGAUUACAACAGAGACUGUCAAGCUCAUCCCAAACAUCACUGAGAAGGAUGAAAAACUGACUGAGGAAUUGAUGCUUACUGAACCCCAGAAGUAUGUUGAACAAAUACCUGUGGCUGAAAUAAUCCAUCAGAAACCAAAACAGAAGGACUGGCACCCUCCAGAUGGAUUUAUCCUUGGGCUGUGGACAUUAAUUAUCCUUGUGUUUUUCAAAACUUAUGGGAUCAAGCAUUUGAAGCACAUAUUUUAAGGCAUUUACCUUCAGUUUUCUGAAAUCCCUUUCUGCGGUCUUUCUCCCAGAGGAAAAAAAGCUUGUGUCGCAAUGGUAGAAUCUUUAACUUCUGUUUUUUUGUUUUUUUUCUCCUUCCUCUCUUUGAAGUGGCACCUCUGGGUUAGUGGUCCUUUACUAAAUUACCAUGGUAGGAGCAGAAAAGCAUUGUGUUCUAGAAUUUCAGAUUGCUGCUGGUAAAAUAGCACACAAAACAAUUAAACACUGGUUAUGUUUUAGUAAGGGUCAUUCAUUUUGAAGAGCAGGCUUAAAUUUAAAUGUAAUGGCAACUCAGUCUAGGUUGUGCAUAAACCUCUUAUUAAGAAAGUGUGAUUGGUUUCACAGACACUGAUUGCCACCAAUAUCAGACUCCCUUACUUAAAGUGAAGUUAGGUAGUCCAAGAUUAGUGCUAAUCAUAGUCUGUUAAACCAGUCAUCUACUCUCCUCCGUUGUAUUUGAAUAUGUUCUGGUUAAUACACCCACAUACUAAAAGCUGGCUAGUACAGCAGGAAGAUUGGUUUGGUUUGUAAGGUGUAAAUGUAUAAUUUAUGUUGUGUUGUAUAAAUGGAUGUUCUUUUUAUAUAAACGUGAAUUCAUUUAAUUCCAGUUAUUCUUUUUCAUUGAUUAUUUGAAUGAUCUAUAUGCACACUACUGGAAAAUGUUCAAAACUAACAAUACUAAGACUGGAAGGAAACCUAUUUUACAUCAGCAUUUUCAAGAUACAUUAUGGUUCCUUAAACAUUUGAGGCUAUAUUAUGUACAUUUUAUGUAUUUUUCUUCUUAAGUCAAUAUGUCUCUCUUUCUCAAAUCAAAUGUUUGGCUUCCUUUUGCAGAUAACAACAAAAUAAAUGAUCUAGUUUUUUCCCUGAAGAUGAAGAACACGUAAUGUUGUUUGACAGAAAGUAAUCCUGUGUAAUGACUUCAGAACAUUUUCUACUUGCAAAUCCUCUUAGGUUUAAGUAAACGUCAGUCUUGCUUUCUUAGCCUGUUUGACAAGGUUUUGAGGGAGGAAAGUGUUCCUCUUCUGGGUUAAGUGCUGAAUGUGAAAGGCAGCAGAAGGGAGAGGGGUGGAUCUUUUAAUAGCAUUACAGAUAUUCCAAAGCUUAGCAAACCAUAUUGACUAGUGAGAAAUGAACAAGCGUGAAAGAUACAGCUGAGCUGUUUAAUGAGAUAUAUCGCAUUAUUAGGAUUGGCUGCUUCACCAGUUGCCAGGUUUCAUAUAUUUAUCAGUUUGUAAAAAAGAUCAUUUAUUUGUGUUUUAAGUGCCUGCUGUAAACUCUUUGUUUCUGUCGCCACUUCUUGAAGAGAUCCUGCUGUGCGUCUCUUUGAAAUUAAACUGAUGAUUAAAAUGUAAUCUCCUGAUGAAAGGCUUGUGUAAAGGUCUGUCCAUUAGUCGGCUCUUUAGGGAGAUCUUUUAAAAAAAAAAGAAAAAACAUAUGUUUGCUGUGAUGAUUAAAUAUUUUAUUCUUUAGAAUGAAAUUUGAACAUUAAACGUAUGACGGGUGGGGUGAAUGACUGAUUUAAAGUACUGGAGCACCACACCUUUGUUAAUGUAAUUACUGCCACCCUGACAGAAUCAAUUUAUGGAAAUUACCUACAUCACCUUUCUCAUAUUUUGAUCUUAAUCUUGUGAUUUAUGUGACCUUAACUGGAUUCAAAUCUGUCAAAGACAAAUUCAUAUGUAAUCCACUUUGCCACUGCUUCCACUGUCUUUUCUUACAAAACUACCUUCUGUAGAAAGUGCUGAGCUUUCUUAUUGCUUACUUACCUUAUGAUUGCAUUUCCUUUCCAUUCUCCCCCCCCCCCCACCUGACACACAACUAAACUAUUUGACCAACUUGAGUGCAGCAUCCUUGAAUUAGUCCUGAAUGGAAAAGAAAAGCCUUGAUACCUCAAAGAGCAUAGAAAUUGUAUUUAGAAAAGGACACAGUGGGAUAUGUUCCAAAAGCAUUUCACACCAAUAUAAUAUGAAUUUCUGAUCCUAACGAUUAGGUAACCUUGUUUUUUUUUUUCCCCAGGGCAAUAGCAAUGUAGCCCACUCCUUGAAUGACGAGUAGGAACUAUUACAAAUCUUAAGUCCAGACAGGACCAACAGAAACUACGGGUGAUAGAGGAAUUCAGUAUCAUUUUGCCUUAGGGUUUAUUUUUAGAAUGAAAUGGAAAACUUAUCUCUAGUCUUGUCCUUUUACAGUUAUUCCAAAUUGCAGGCACUGUUAACUGCAUAUAUGCAAUACUGUGUUGGACUUUAGGAAGCAAGAUAUGUACUUGUGCAUUUACUAGUGUGUUCAUAUAAAACAUAUACAUGAAAAAUAGUCCUUACUUAAAUAUAGGGCCAUAUUUAGCAACCAGCACAUAUAAUUAAAUAAAACAUCUACUUUGAACCUAGCUGGCAUUUAAGGAAUACAAAAAUUGUCAACAUUAUAUGAACAUGCUAGUAAUUGCACAAAUAAAUAUCUCACUUCCUAAACUUCAACACAGUGUUGCAUUUUGUUUAUUACAUUUUAUCAUUGAAAUGUCUUCACAUUUAUUUUUCUAAGUGCUACAUGUUUUAGAUCUCUAGUCCGAAUACAUUUGGACAGAACCUAAUCGAACAAGUGAUUUGUUUGGAUACAGAUUGUAACUUCCACGACAGAAAUGCCUCAUAUAGUCUUUGUUUUUUAUGGUUUUAGUGAAACUGUAAUUCUCUUUUUUACAGCUGCUGUCGGCAUGUGUUUUAUUAUGAAGGCAUGGUUCAGGUUAUAUAUCUACCAACAGGAGUGUAAUGUAACUGCUGUGAAUGUUCUUUCAUGAAUGUUGCUCUCAUUUAUUAGGUAGGAUUUGUUUAAUAAAAGAGCAGACACGCCUGAAAGAUCGUUUAUCAUUUGACUGGAGUCUCAUUAAUCUGCAGUAUUUACAUGACAUUUCAUUUUUGUUGACUCGUUAAUUAUGUGUUUGGUUCUGCAAGCUCAAAGUAUAUGGAAUUGCAGGGAACUCCUAUAUGUAAUUAAUUGAAAACUUUUUUCCUCCUUUGCAUUACACAGCAUGUGUUUUGACAGUGGUUUGCAGCCCCAUUAAUCACGCUGCUUGAGGUGCCGCAUUUAUGUGUCUAUGAAUAUCAAUAAAUAUGUAAAGUACAUAUUGCACCCUUCAUGCCAGAAAUGCAAGAUGAAAAUGCCAUUUUACAUUUGUGUGUGAUAUUGUUGCAUCGGUGAAUUCUGUGAUGGCUUUUUCCCAAACUGAACAUUUCUAAAGUGUGUGUGUUUGCUUGUACUGUUCUGCCCAAGCUGUGUUGAAUUUAAUGUGAAACAAAUUUGCAAUUGCACGUUA